AUGGCUUCUAAUUUAGCACUGUGUCGAAGUAUUGGGCUGGCUAGACGAAUUAUGGGGUCGUGUGUCAGAAAAUUAAGUUCCAUCAUCGCGCCGGGCGCUCGUUCUGGGAUAUGGCGUGUCGAAGCGAAGUGCGGUGGAGCAUCAGCUCGGGUUGAUAUCAACGUAGGCUCGGGCCCAGGAGGCGCUAGUGCAGCCGCGCCGGCGGCUGAACAACACUACGUAGAAUUACGUUUCGCUGACAGCAUGCGGCGACGGUACAAGCCUGGCUUGCCUUUUGUUGGAAGGGUGGAAGCAAUGAGCACGGAGAAGCGAGUGCGUGUUCGAGUCAAGUUGUACGACGACAAAACUGACAUCUACAGUCAAGAUAUCGACAUGUCGACUGGAGAGGGAGGAUUCAUAGUCCCAACGGUGAUGGCUGAUGCACCCUAUGUCAAUCUACAGGCUGAAUUAGUUGCAGUUGAAGGGAAAGAAAUAGAAACGCACUACGUCCUCGCCAGGGAGAGGAUUCGACGCUGGAAUUCAACUUCUAAAUGCUAUUUACUCGUUGAAAAUUUACCAACACCACUGCAGGCAGGUGGCGUGGCGAGCGCAAGUGUGUGGUCAUCGUGCGGUUGCCGGCAACGCCUCCUAGCGGCGGUCACCAGCGGCGGCCGCGCGGUGCACUGGGCAGCUGUACCCGCGCCUGAUCCCACCAGCAAUGAUGAUUUAUGCCGAUUUAAUUAUACGUUCCCGGUGACGGCUGAUAUGGCGCCAGUGAGCUCUCUCCUCGUCUACUACGUGACCGAGGCUGGCGAGCCCGUGAGUGACGUAGUCAGCUUCCACGUCCGACUGCUACAUAAAGAGGUGGCGGUGGCUGUAGAGGAAAGGAGAUGGUGGUACCCGCGGGCCGCGCUGCAGUUACGAGUGCUCGCUCCCCCAGACUCCUUGAUGUGCUUAAUUGGGGCCCGAUCACCGCCUGACACACGCUUCGAUCCUCACCAAACAACAUCAGAACAUGAAGAACAGCCGGGUCCGGAGUUCGUGUCCGCGGGCGUGUCUCUCUUCGUGGGUAGCGGGGGCUGUGGUGGUGGCGGGGUGUUAUACCGGCAGCGCGCUCCGCCCCGCGCGCCCGCGCAUCUGGUGCCGCCCGCCACACACGACCGCCUUUGGAUGUGGAGAUGUUUCAACUACACGAGUCAACUAUCAACAGAUGGGGUGACAAUUGCAGCGCCAUCUGAAGCCGGUCGUUGGUCACUAUGGGCUCUAUCGUUAUCUAAUCGAGGGCUGCGUUUCUCAGCACCUCGUACGAUAAAUGUGUUCCGUCCUAUACAACUGGACUUUGCCUUACCACCUGUAUUAAAAGUUGGGGAAACUGUCGAAGUUGAUGUGAAGAUUACAAAUAACAUAAAUAAUUGUAUGGAUGUGACCGCUCUACUGGCAUUGAGCGCUGGCGCGGCUUUCGCGAGUACGGGAGCUCUAUAUGUGACUGAGCGACUGCGUCUCGGUCCACGCGGCGGUACUCAGCUGGUGGUUAGAGUCGCUGUUAAUACGCCGGGAAGGAAGAAUAUUACAGUUGAAGUAACUGGAUACAGUGCGGACAAUUGUUCCGUUUCUUACACAUCAUUUAACAACGAGACGUUGGUCGGCUCAGUGAUAAGAUCGGCGAGUGUGCUUGUGCUGCCUGAAGGAUUGCACAGAAGUGACACUCAGAGUGCAUACUUUUGUGCUAAUGGUAAGUUUUAA